AUGCGUUUCAACUCAAUUCUUUCCCUGGCCUUUGGGCUCCCAGUGGCCGUAGCAGGCCCUUGCAAACCCAGUUCUUCUUCUCCAUCUAGCGAUGCGGUUGUAAUAACUUCAACUCUGGCGACUGCGUCUGGAGUCGCGUCUACGCAGACAGCCAGCGCGACUGCACCAGGGAACAUCGAGACUUCUACGACUGGUGUUUCGCUCGCCUUGACAUCAACUGGAUCUGACACUUCGACCCUCAUUACAUCACUCGACACGACUGAGACUACAGCACUCGUACCUACAACAACGACCUCGGAAGAACCCGCUGUCACAACUUUCAACAUCGUUGCCGAGGGCGGCCCAGCAGAUGGCAUAGUAAUGGGUCAGAGGGAGAACUACUACGAUCCCCAAUUUGCCUCCAAUCCAGCUUGGGAACCCGUCGCCUUCAUCCUUGAAGAAGGCACAGGCUAUCUCCGCCGCGCCGACCCAUACAACCCUAUUUUCCCACUCAUCUGUAUCCGCUGGGGUUCAGGUACAGAACCCAGCCCAGGCUGGUUCAUCGACUGCUCAGCGUCAGACUCAUACUUCGGCGCGCCUAUUAAAUGCGACCUCAAAAGUGGCGGCGAGCUCUCUUGCUCAAUUCCUGCUGGCCACUGUAGAUACUAUACUAUUCCUCCGAGGGACAACGGUGCUUGGGAUUGUCAGGCGGAUACUGGCGUUUUCCGGAACUUCUAUACAGAGGAGAGCGUGGAUGAUGAUGGUGUUACUUUUUAUGAACCCUGGAUGGGCUCUGAAGGAUUAGAAGGAUAUGAAGGGCAAGGCCUUCCUAAUCCCUUGGAAUCAGUGACGUUUCGUUGGACAAGUGCGGAUUAG